AUGACCGAUCAGCAGGGGACGACUUUGAAAUCUGACGACGAUGAUGGCUACUGUUCAAGGUGCAGUCUCGAUAGCCCUAUACAGGUCAGCAAGGCCGACCAACAUGCUCUAGUGCCAUCACCCAACAAAACUGUGGGUGUAGAUGAGAAUGAUUGCUCUAACAAAGGGACAGAAAAUGUUGAUGGGGCUACUUCAUCUUCACUGUUGGUGUUUGAAUCGUCUUCGUCAUCAUUAUCAGCAUCAUCAUCUCUGUUACCGUCUUCUUCAGCUGGUCCUAGCAGUUUCCUGGAAGUGAUGUUGACAAGAAGCGAUUGGAGCCAGUCGAGCCUGUCACAACCAUCUGAAUGUUCUAGCAACUAUCCAACUGGCAUGACUUCUAGCGAGAUAUUGGGAACAGAGAACAAUAGGACCGUUGCUUUCUUCAACAACAUCACCUCUUGCAAUGAUAUUAAUGGAGGGAGUGUCGUGAUGAAGAAUUCAAAUAAUGUUUCUGUUGUUGAUGUGCAGUCCAAUAAGAAGAUGAUACUGAGUAACGAAGAUGGGACGGCUGAUUCGUUCGAUGUUGAACCGAGGAAGAUGAUAAAACUGAUGCCUUCUUCGUCGUCACAGAAUUUACUAUUUUACACUAGAAAGUCAGCACUUGGGGGCUUGGUUGUCAGCUCAAAACCACUCAUAAAUAAUAAUAGCAUCAGCAACAACCACAAUAUCAACAACAACGUAGUCAGCAGCAAUGGUAGCAUGCCAAAAAUUAUAAAGGGCAACUCAAACUACAAUUCUACAAUUCUCAUUAAGAAUAACAAUCCUCGUUUGAUGUGUGGUCUGUCGACGUCGUCAGCAACUACAUCCUCAUCAUCAUUGGCAUCAGCAGUUAUAACACCAAGGUUACAUUCAUUUGCUAGCAACAACCUUUUGAAGGCCCGUCUGUCUCUAUUGUCGAAGAAUGAUACUCAGUGUCAGAUCAGCAAUGGAGUUGUCAAGACUUUAAACAGCGGCAACAACAUCAACUACAAUAUCAUCAACAACAACAACAAUCUGACGAGUGCCACUAAUUGGAGCAGGACCCCUCUACUUGUGUCUGCUCAGAAGACUUGCACAUCAGCUCGAACCAGCCAGCCCUACAGCAAGAGUUUGAAGGUGGGUCUUUCAGGUGCCAACAGUCAAUCAAAUGGCCAUCUGAAUUCAAUCAGUAGCCAAUCAAAAUCAUGUUGGCAUGUUGGCAGACAUGAACUGCAUCCAAUCAUCGAUCAUGAUUAUUGUGAGUUUUCAACAUUUAAUGCAGAAAUCCAGAGUGGGAUUAUCUUGAUGAGCAGUGAGACCCUUGCCAGGACAGAUCGCUUAAAUCUGAGAAGGAACAAAACUAUUUCAGUCCUCAACUCCUCCAAUCAAUCUUCUAAUCAAUCGAAUCAUCUCGCUUCACUGAACUGCACUCAUGAGCAGAGCAAACUACACUCCAUUGCUGCUAUUAAUGCUUCUAAGAAUGCACCACAUCACAGCAUCAACAGCAGCAUCAUCAAUACUAACAACACAAAUAAUAAUAAUUAUGGUAAGUUGAGUAACGCAACGUACAAGAAUAUUGAUGCAAGUCAAAGGAACAGCAUGACCCCUUCAACAGCCAGCAACAAGACAUCUUACGGCAGUGGUGGUCGUAGGCUUCACACGUCGGCAUCAUCGUCUUCAUUGUCAUCUAAAAAUGCAGUUGGUCGUCCAAAAUCUGUCUCUCAGAAGAUGGAUAGAAGCCAGUUGAAACUACAGCAUCCAAUAACGUCAUCAGCCACAGUACAGCAAUCAUCUGUCGGCUAUGACUCGUCUGAUGACAUUUCAUCUCCACCACUAACUGAAGAUAAAAAUUAUGUUAAGAUACCAGGGUCGUACCAAAAUGAUUUUGUAUACUUUGCAACGACGAGAGGACGCUCUUCGAGGAAGAGGUCAUCCGAGAGGAGAUCGACAAACGCAACAUCGUUGGCUUCUAAGGCAGCUGGUGACACUAACAAUAAUUCCAAAAUCACCAACAACAGCAGCACGCUGCUUGGCUCGACUUGUUAUAACAAGAGCUGUGACGAUGCAGUGGGGAGGAUGACAACAUCGAGCACCUCAUCAGCACUGUCGACAUUGAAUACAUUCGCAUGGUACAAGGAGAUGGCUACAACUGAUAAAUCAACCAGAUUUGGAACUCCAUCAAGCUCGAGCCAACAACAACAACAGCAGCAGCAGCAAUUUUCAACUGAUACCUUCAACAUUGAUGAUAUGACUAACUAUCUCUGCUCAACAUCAACUGAAGACUACAGUGGCAACAACAUGACCAACAAAAUGUUAACCAGUGAAUCGGAUGUUGUUGACCUGGUCAUGCAAAUGUUGCCUACGUCUGACCUCAUGUUGUCACCUCAUGUUGAUCUACAACAGCAGCCACAACAACAACCACAACAUUUAUUUUUCAACAGUAGCAGCAGUGAUGUCCAGCAACUACAAGCCCAGAAUUUAUUCUUCAGCACGAUGUCUGCCCCAUCUAUCAGUGAUAGCACUACUGAUUUGAUCAGUGACAGCAUUAUUAGCACUGGCAACAUUCAAAACACGAACGCUGAAGAUUAUCAUUCAGCGUUGAGUGCUUGCAUCACAGGCCAGCAGCAGGUCAAGAAGAAUGGCUGUGAUGGUGCCGAUAACACCAAGACAAGUGGACUGAGGUUUACAUGCGAUCAAACGGCUAAAGAUCAUAGUCUGGACUUUCCCAACUUUACAACAUCUUCACAGUUAUUGGAUGAAAUAAAUGAUAGUGACUUGCUUAUGACCAACGACAUGCCUCCGUGCAUCAAUGACUUCUUUCAAGUUUUCCACGACUCCUCAUCAGCAAAUGAUGUCAGUGCCAUCGUUGAUAACCACGAUGAUUGUAACAACGGGAACAACAACUAUGUAGUCGUCAACAAUCUUGGUGUAAAUAUUAAAAGUGAAGAUGCAAAUGUUGCUAAUAUAUCAAAUUACAUCAAUGACUGUUCAUCUAUUGAAGAUGAUGGUGACAUUAAUGUUACGACAGUUGAAGAUGACCACAACAGCAGCAGCAUAGAUGUAGUAAACAGUGAUAGAGACAUUGAGAGUGCAGACAGGUCGUAUGAUGAAAAGGUUGAUGACCAGUCACAGCAUGAGUUUAAACAGCACGAGUUGGUCCUCACAGAACCAGCAUUGAAUACUGUCCCCACUUCAAGAGCAACAUCAUUAAGAUCGUACGAUACCGACAACAUUGACUACAACAACAACUUCGACUUGGACGAUAGCAACAUCAUCACUCACGCGCAACAACAACACCGCACUCAGUCUAACAAAAAUCAGCAGUACCCACAGCAGAUGUUGGAGUGGCCAAAACACUUAACUUCAUCCUGCCAACUUUCUCCACCUCUUUCCAGCCCGUCAUCAUCUCUCUCUUCUCCGUCAUCACAAGUCACUCCCCCUGAAUUAACGUCAGUGAACGUGUACUGGAAUGACCUGCCUGGCCUACUUAUAAAUGGACACGAGUAUAUACGUUUGGUUGACAUACAUAAGCAGAUCAUGCCGGCAAAAGACACGGGCAUUUUAAAAAAGAGGUGUGCCAUGUUGAAUUUGAAGUUCACUUCAUGCUCCGAACUGCAGAGAGACUUCCUCAUACGCUACAUGAAUGCUGCCAAGUCCAAAUCAAAAAUAAUUGUGUCCAAGGAGGCUGCGCUUAUGCUCAUCAGCUUCUACGUCAAUCCAAAAGUUAGGAGUAGUGGCCACUCGAAAAGUUCAAAUGCUGUAACCAGUGCACAUCAGAGUCAAAGCAGGUCCAAGUACGGAGACAAAAGUGGUGAACGUGGGUCGGCCAGUGGUUCUCCUCUACAUCCCUCCGUCAACCACAACAGCAGCAGCAGCAGUACCUACUUUAAAUUUAACCAACAAGAUAGUGCUAGUAUUAAGAUUAUAUGUCAACCACAGACAGACAAAAAUAAAAAUGCAUCUGGGGUGAUUUCAGCCAAUCAGGCCUUGUCUAAAACAAGAACACUUUUGGAACCAGCCAAUCAAAAUCUGGAUCACAGCAUUAAGAGGUCAGCUCGUCUCCAAAAUAAGCGGUUCUCAUAUUUGGACAUGGUAAACAACUGUCUAUCCACCACAAAUAAAUCAGCCACAACUACAGAUCAACACAGCAAUAAUAGUAGGACUAUAAAAAGUCCUUGCAGCAUCAAACUUACAAGUCCUGACACUUCUCCUAGAUCCAAUAAAAAAAGGCAACAACAACAACAUGAUCAGUCAAAUAAAGUACAUCACCGCAUCAAAAGAAGCACCAACAAUUACGUCAGUGAUGACGGUGAUGCAACCUUUCUCACAUUGGCAUCGCCAGCCAACGAUUCGAAGGGGUCUGUGUGUUGCCAGCAGCAAACCAAAUCAAAGUCACUCGCGGCAACGACAUCAACCCCUGCCAAGAUGUACACCAUACACACUCGUCGGUGGUCACAUGACCACGAUAACGAUAACAAACAAAAUCACAAUGACAUCAUUAAAAUUACAAAUAGCUUCAAUUUUAAUUCGUCUCAUGAGUCGAAAAUUUUCGCACAUAUUGAUAACAACAAUAAUAAAAACAUCCACAAUAUUGGUGUUGUUCAACCGGCUGAUGCUAAAACUAGCGAUGGUGAUGACGAUGAGGACAACAAUAAGAGCGAUGUUGUUGUUGAUGAUGUCGUUGAGAAGGACGCCUGGGCAGAAGAAGAGCAUGGUUCUCCAGUUGAUGUUACUCAUGAAAGAAGUGGGCAGCAAGACCUCGCUGAUGUACCCCUUGGCUCUACUGCUCUGGAGGAGGGGGGUGCUUCCGACAGAGUUUCUUCUGUUGUUCGUAAUAUUGACGGGGAGGCUGAUGUUAACAAUGCAUGCACUGCUAAUAGUAAUAUUGCUGGUACUGUCGUUGAUGAUGAUUUUAAUUCUAUAAAUGCGCUUGUUGUUGCUCGUAGUGCACUGCAUACAUCUAAUCCAUCCACAAGUGGCGAUUGUGAUGAGACAAAAGUUCCAGGCUAUGAUUAUGGAGGUUUCUUAAAUCAUCAUCAGAAUGGCAUUGCUGACGUUGGCGAUGAUGGUGGUGGUGAUGAUGAUACCAUUCCUGAGAUCGAUGUCAAUGAAGAUGAUGAUGAUGAUGGUGCAGAUGAUUCAUCUGAAGGCAUCCAGGUGCACGUGGCUAACUUAUCAACACAGCAUUUCAAUGCUUCAUCUUCCAAUAAUACGUGCAAUGACGACAAACCAAGUUCAACUACUAAUCCAUGCAGAGGUAACAACACUCAUUCAUCCAACGAACCUCUCCUCACACCUUCUUACUCACUUAGAAAGAGGCGCGCGUCUCAAUCGAUCUGUGAAGCCGCCAACAACGAAGCAACUGCGGCUACUACUGCCUGUGAUCAUCCAUCGAAAUUAAGCAAGAGGUCAUGUGACUCCAACUCAUCCAAGGCAGUAGGCGGCAAAAGUGGCAGUAGGAGUAGUAGUACUGACAACGAAAGCAACAAUUUGAAGGUUAAAGUAAAGAAGUUUGUGAAACUGACAAAGGUGAGAAGUGCUCGAGAGAUUGUUAGGAAGAGAGAACUGAGGAAAGUUGUCGGCAGACCUAACAGGCAGGCCAACAGAAGAUUUGCCAUUUUGAAGUUUUAACUUCUGGUUUCAAAAUGACCUUUAUGUGAUUGAUUGAUCGAUUGGCUAAAUUUUUUUUGUUUUGUUUUAAAAUUUGAUCGAUCGAUUGAUUGAUUGAUUAAUUGUGUUUCAAAAAUUACUGUUGCUUCAUAAACCUUCUUUCUUUUUGUUCAUCGGAUUUUUAUUUUCAUUUUUGUAAGUUUGUAAAAAAAACAGCUGAUAAUUAGCUGAUUGAGUGGAUCAGAGCAGCUAGGUGCGCGUCUGUACUGUGCAUGAACACGGUUAGUGUUGCCGCUUGUUGACGUAUUCAAUAAUAUUUUGUUAUGCAUCGAUCAAUGAGAGACGAAUGAAGCGGACGAUGUGUCGGUUUGGAGGUUAGAUAGCUCAGCAUCUUCAGUCUUCUUCUAUAUUUCAAUUACAGAAUGUUUUUCUUCCAUAAGCAAUGGCAACAGACUUUAGUUCACUUUAAGUUUUUCCAUCUCCAGCUAGGAGCAGAUCUUCCCCUACUUGCUUUAGAUCAUUAUUUUUAUCCGGCUUAUUUUUUUAACUUUUGUUAUUGUUGCAACCAUUUUUUGUUACAAUUACUAUCGCUACUACUUUCAAUUCACUGAUCGUUUGUUGAAUCUUACACUGGUCCCACGGAAGUAUUGUAAAUAAUAGCUGAAUGUUUGAGAGCGUGUGAAUUAAUUAAUUAAACGAAUAAUUGUGUACAGCGGUUAUGGGUAUACAAAUAUGAUGCAGCGUAUGUGUUUCGUACAUGUAUACAUGCUGUUUUGCCAUAAGAUAACUAUGUAAUGUAUUAUAGGAUUAGUAUUUCCUAUUGUAAUGACUGUUGUAGAAAUACAGCUCGUUGUACUUAAAUCUAUGUUAAUGAAGAUUUUAUCGCUGGUUGAUCCGCUUAUUAUUAGUUAUUGUGUGUGUUGAAAGCUUCCACUGUGUGUUAUGAGAGGAGAGGCCAGUGAUUUAUUGUUUGUGUCAAUUCAGUCACGUUUCUACAUUUGUAUCGCAUAGCAUUAAUAAUUAUUUGGUUGGCUGGUGUGUUGGUGAGUGCAGAACACACAGUUGUCAUUUUGUACAUAUAAAUAUAUAUAUAAUGUGUACUGUCUUCGUGUGUAUGGACUAUAAUAUAAAGUACAUUAUUUGAUAUAUCUUGCUUUUAAAAUUUUAAUACUAUUGUUUGAUUUGGUUUAAAUUAGAAGGAUCGCUUGGUUGGUUUCUUAAUUGAAUCCAACUAGAGUAUAUACACCAUACGCGCAUACAAGAAGUUGUUAAGAAGAAUUGUACUUCAUUG